AAAAAAAAAAAAAAAAAAAAAAAGGGGGAAGAGCAGGAGGAGGGGGAGGGAAAAAAAAAAAAAAAAGAGAUCCUAGAAAUCCAAAAAGGCUCAUCUGGGAAGGAGAGAGAGGAGAGCGAGAGGAAGCGGGAUGCAACUCAACCUGACGCUGAUCUGCUUCGUCUUCGGGGGGUUCCUGCCCGACGCCGCGGCCCGGCGGGAGCAGAUGGACACGGGGCAGUGCGACCUGCCCCGCUCGCAAGGAGAGCUCAACUCCUUCCUCUGGACCAUUCGCCGCGACCCCCCCGCCUAUCUCUUCGGCACCAUCCACGUGCCCUACACGCGAGUUUGGGACUUCAUCCCUGACAACUCCAAGGCCGCCUUCCACGCCAGCUCCAGCGUCUACUUUGAGCUGGACCUCACGGACCCCUACACCAUCUCCGGGCUGGCCAGCUGCCAGAUGCUGCCCCACGGAGAGAACCUGCAGGACGUGCUGCCCCGGGAGCUUUACCGCCGCCUCAAGCGCCACCUGGACUACAUCAAGCUGAUGCUGCCCCACUGGAUGACCCCGGACCAGCGAGGCAAAGGGCUCUACGCCGACUACCUCUUCAACGCCAUCGCCGGGAACUGGGAGCGCAAGAGGCCCGUCUGGGUGAUGCUCAUGGUGAACUCCUUGACGGAGACGGACAUCCGCUCCAGAGGGGUGCCCGUGCUCGAUCUCUACCUCGCCCAGGAGGCUGAGAGGAUGAAGAAGAAGACAGGAGCUGUGGAGCGGGUGGAGGAGCAGUGUCACCCGCUGAAUGGGCUCAACUUCUCCCAGGUGCUGUUUGCUCUGAACCAAACUCUGCUCCAGCACGAGAGCCUUCGAGCAGGCAGUUUGCAGGCCCCGUACACCACUGAAGACCUCAUCAAGCAUUACAACUGUGGAGACCUGAAUGCUGUGAUAUUCAACCAUGACACUUCUCAGGUCCCUAACUUCAUCAACACAACACUCCCACCCCACGAGCAGGUGACGGCUCAGGAGAUAGACAGCUACUUCAGACAGGAGCUCAUCUACAAGAGGAAUGAGAGGAUGGGGAAGAGGGUGAUGUCACUUUUAAGGGAGAACAGAGACAAGAGCUUCUUCUUUGCCUUUGGAGCAGGUCACUUCCUGGGUAACAACACUGUGAUUGAUGUACUGAGACAAGCAGGAUUUGAAGUGGAGCACACUCCUCCUGGACAACCAAUUGGAAAUUCAAGGACGACAAAGACAAGCCCGGCCUUGGAAGGCUCCUCAGUGACAGCCCUGCCCGCUGUCCCUCUGUCUGAGCAGGUCCCACUGACCUCUCCUUCCCUGAAGCCCCUGCACAUGGAUGAAGAAGACAGCCUGUCUCCUCACCUCUUGUUGCCAGACAGCAUCAGCCAGCUGGAAGAGUUUGGCAGGCAGAAGAAAUGGCACAAGAAGCAGCACAAACACCAUCGCCAGAGGCAGUUCAAUGACCUCUGGGUUCGGAUAGAAGACAGCACCACCACGUUGCCUUCCUAUAUCAGGAUAACCAAUGGCUACAUCACAGUCAAGCCUCCCAUCUGGAUUUCAAACCAGCUGGAUCAGAGACCGCGUUCCGAUCGCCCAUCCCAGCCUCAGCCCACAAGCUCAGCUGCAGCCAGUCUUUUAUGGCCACCAAUAACAUUUCCUCUCUGCAUGACCAUAACUUCUUUUCUCCUGAAUCUACUGCAGCCCUCCUGACCACAUUAGGAUUACGUGCAAUCCCUUGGAAUAGAGAAGAGAGAUAAUUUAUGAACGGAUUGGAGGUUAAGACAACAACAUUUGCAAGCUGGACCUUCUCAGUGACUCAGUAGUGCCUUCUAGCUGAUUUUGUCUCUUUGCCCAGAUACAUUUUGAAAUUCUAAAGCUUUAUUGUAACACUGACUUACAUCUUCUUUUUGUAGAAGGAUCUUUAUUUCCCAUAGUGCUAUGGGGUUUUGUAAAAUAUACAUGUUCAUAUAAAGAAAAAAAAAGGAAAAAGAAAAAAUGUAUUUAUUCGACUGGUAAACUUAUUUUUCUUGUUGUAUAUGUUAAUAACAUCCCUAUUAAUCAGUAGCGAUGGUGAAACAGAUAAAUUAAUAUUUUCUAUAUUCGUUUUCUGACAACUCUGCAAAUGUCUGAACUGACACCAAAUGAAUGCUUUCUUUGUUUCUUUAAUCAUUACUUUUUGCAACUGUCUAAUAAGUACAUUUCUGCUGAACUUCUUUAUUUUACUUUUUUAUCUCAUUAGCAUAGCUUACACUGAAUGAAGCAGAUCCUGCUCUUUGUGGCCUAUACCCCUUAGAAAAAUAGGUGCAUUCUUAACUUGUUAGCUGCUACAACCUAAAAUACCAGUUAUUUUUUCUAUGACUUAGUAAGUCAUUUGUCAAGAUACAUUUCCCUGCUUUCUUUAACUAAACUAUUCACCUUCUUUGGAAAUUAGCAAUUUCCCUCUUAGCCCUGGAAUUAAUUCAUUAGCUAACACAAAUUAAGACACCUUUUCCUUAAUAAAAAAAUUGCUUUUCAAAUCAGGAAUAAUCCUACUGAAAUUAUUUUCUUCUCUCCCUCAUUUUACAUCAACACAAGUCUACAACCUUUCCCAGCAUAAAUGAGAACAGAACUUGGUCUGUCUGUAGGGUAUAAAGAUGUAGUGUCCUGUUAAUCUGUAGAAUUCCUUGUACCAGUUGUAUUAGUGCAAAUGGACAACCUGGAGGCAAAAAAAAAAAAAAAAAAAUCUACAAAUUCCCUUUCAUCUUGCUGUUAUGAACUGAUAGAGCUGAUAUCUCUGUGCUGAAAUAAUUAUGACUUGUCCAAAAUCUGUUCAAGACCACAGGAAUCAAAUUAACCCCCGUGUUACAGAGACAUACAGAACAUUCUUCCAUUUGUACGCUGUGGUACCUCUGCUGACUUGGAUGAAAAAGUUAUGACACCUUACGUUCAUUGAAAAGUUUGCUCCCUAUGCAGCUACUGUUAGUGAAUGCAAUGAACAAUAUCUAUGGGGAAAAAAAAACCAUCCAUGCCAUCUUAAAAUCUAUUAUGUUUAAUAAGGCAUGUUGAUGAUUUUUCACCACCAAAACAUGAUGAAAAAUCCCUUUGGAUGCAAGAGUUUCAACUAGAAAAUUAGUUUGGGUUGAAAUAGUGCUUUUCUUUCUAAGUCAUCCACAAACCAAAAGUCCAGAAUAUACGAUGAAAACAUCGUAGUUAGAAGUCUCAAAACCGGAAAUAUACAAUACAAGGUUUUCUUUAUGGAAAAGCAGUGCUUUUUCACCUUGGAAAAAAAGAUAACGAUGAUGAUGGUUAUAAUAACAAUACUGAUAAAAUUCUGACUGAAAACAGUCCUGUCAGUUCUCCAGCAGCCCUAGAGCCUGGUUCUCCAGGGCUGCAGAUAUUUCACGCCACCUGUAAGCAAGAGGGAGUUCAGAAUUCAUGGUUUGCUCCUGAUCAUACCAGUUAAUUCAGGAAAGUAGGUUAGAAAGUAACUAGACUACAAAAGUCACGUGGUUUCAUUUGAAACCAUGAUGAACUACUGAGCAUUUCCCUCACACGUCCCAGCCCAUUGCUGAACACAGGCCAGGGAUAACACAGAUAACUUCUUUUUGACUUACUGGACACCACGACCUGCAGCCUUUGCUCUGUUUCUGACAGAAAGUUGUGUAGGUUUCUGCUCAGUUUAAGUGGGUACAGCAGACAGUGCUAUAAGCUUCCUCUUUUUUCCUUUCAAGCACAACAGAUGAUAAGGCUGAAUGGAAAACUUUUGAGCUUUGCCCCACAUGUGAGAUUCAAAGAGACCCUCUGCAUACUUUCAUAUUGUGUAUUUUGGCUAGCAGAUGAUUAGAGAUGUUAGUUUUGGACAGAAGCCAUUCACCUUGCAUAUUUAUUGCACGGAGAUGGAUAUUGGAAACAUAUUUUGAGAUCUUUCUUUUUUGGUUUUAUUUGAGCUAUUACCCUAGAAAUGCCUUCAUUUGAAUAUAAUGGUUUAGCAGACCUUCAAAUUCAACCUUAAUGCAUUUUAAAAAGAUUAUUGGUUCUCCUGCUGUGUUCGAGGCAGAGAUGAAAACUGAAUUAUAAUGUCUUAUUUACACAAAUGGAACUGGAAAUAAGGUAGGCAAAUCUUAAGGCCGAUGAUAAGUUACAUAGUAAAAGAGAACAGCCAAGAAACCAAAACCCACUGAAUUUUAUUCGUUGUAAUCAAAUUGAAUCCAGGAAUUAUUUUGUGGUACUAUCCCAGAAAUAAUUCCAGGUGUUGGAAAACUUACAGUAUAAAUAGACAAGACCAUAUAAAGAUAAGGGAGGGGAAAAAAAAAAAAAGAGCAGAAAGAAGAACUUGCCCAAGACCGUAAGGAAAAACACCAACAGGACCAAGACUAGAAAUUACAGUUCUGUUGCUUCCCAAUCUGGGGUUUUCUCCAUAAGCCUCUGGAGCUUUUUUUUUUUAAAUAUUUGGAGCACACACAUCUCUCCACACUCACAUCUGUCAUCAUACUGCACAGAGCAGUCAC